UCUUCUUACAUUUUAAUAUCCGCCAUUUACCUUCUGUCUAUCUAUGGAUUUUUCUAUGUAAAUCUCUCUUCUUUCACAAUUCUCUUUCGUCGGUUUCAUUCUUCAAAAUCCUCUUCAUCUCCGCGUAUCGCCCAACCUCUCCUCAGAAUAAUUAGAAAAAAAGAAAAAAGCAACCGGUUUUUGUUUUUAGCUUCCCGGAUACGGCUUGAUCUAGCUCUUCUGCUAAUCCGGUAUAAUGGCUUAUUCUCAGACAUACCAUACAAAAGGUGGUCCUUUGCGCGGUCAGUACAGAUUCUCACAUGGUAGAAACCAUGCUAAUAACCACAAUGCCACACUUGCUCCCAAUACCUACAACAACACCAAGUAUUUUGACUAUAGCUUUACACAUCAAGGAGAUUUUGAUCAUCCAAAUGAUAUCCGUAAAAACUUUAUGGAGUAUGGCUACAAUUACAAUAGUAAUUGUGUGAAACCUGAGGGUGAACCCUCUGCAAAGAGAAGGAAGUGCUUAUCUUCUUCAUGGGGAAGUAGUGCGAGUUACCAUCAGCAACUCCAUGCUUGUAAUAACGUUCCACCAAGACAACCAAGCACACAUAACAACAUGCAUCCAAGAAAUCAGGGUGCAUAUGAUAGUGUCACCUCAAUAUGCAACAAUAAUUCCAGUAUUGCAAUUUCCACUGCUAGUACCAGUAAUAGGUCUUUUUCCAAUGGGCAUGCCUCUAAUAACUACAAGCGUGGCCGCUCAGAAUUUGAAGAUGACGACAAUGAGGUGGUUUUUAUGUCCCGAGAGGAAAUUGAGAGGUGCUCUCCUUCCAGGAAAGAUGGUAUUGAUGCUGUGCGUGAAAUGCAUUUGCGAUAUUCGUAUUGUGCAUUCCUGCAGACCCUUGGAGCUCGACUUGAACUGCCACAAACAACAAUUGGGACUGCCAUGGUUCUCUGUCACCGAUUCUUUGUUCGUAGGUCUCAUGCUUGUCAUGAUAGAUUUUUGGUCGCUACUGCUGCUCUCUUCCUAGCUGCUAAAUCAGAAGAGACUCCAUGUCCUCUCAACAACGUGUUGAGAUCAGCAUCUGAGAUUUUCCAUAAGCAGGACUUUUCUUAUUUAUCAUAUGCACUCCCAGUUGACUGGUUUGAGCUAUACCGAGAACGGAUUACUGAGGCUGAGCAAUUGAUCUUGACAACUUUAAAUUUUGAGCUCAAUGUGCAGCACCCAUAUACUUCUCUUACCUCCACACUUGAGAAAUUAGGAUUUUCCCAAACAGUUUUGGUGAACUUGGCACUAAACUUGGUCAGUGAAGGGGUCUUUAGAAGGAUUAUCUUGGUCGCUUGUAUGAUAUUGUUAGCUGGCGGUUGAUAUGCUGUUCAUCAAAUGUUUUGUUUUUCAUCUGAAGUUAAAACUAGCCAUUUCUUGUGGAUGCUUUUUUCCAUAACAUGUAAAUAGCAAUUCAUUGGCUGUAGAAGAUAGUCACAGAUGCUCCAGAAGCAGUUUUGCCAUGACACUGUUUUUCACGUCACAAGGAAGAAACCUACUGUGUCCUCGUGCACUAAUUUCCAUGUCACCUAUUUUUUUGGUGUCCACAUAGGACACUGAUAAAUAGGGCAGUGAACCUGAAAAGGUGUAGAAGAUAGUCACAGAUGCUCCAGAAGCAGUUUUGCCAUGACAUUGUUUUUCACGUCACAAGGAAGAAACCUACUGUGUCCUGGUGCAUUAAUUUCCAUAUCACCUAUUUUUUUGGUGUCCACAUAGGACACUGAUAAAUAGGGCAGUGAACCUGAAAAGGUGUUUGGUGAGUAAGUGAGUUAUUGGCUUGAAAAUUUUUGGGGCACUUAAGGCAAGUGUUUUACAGCCCUAGUAUAGCAAUAGUUAUAUUGCAUGAUAUCUAAAAUUUGGGUCAUCAAUAUUUUCUUAAAGAUAUACCUACUGCAUAGUACUCCUGCAAUAUGCAGGACUGUGUGCAACUCUACUUUUUUCUUCUUCUUCUUCUUCUUCUUCUUUCUUUCUUCUUUUUUUUUUUAUUUUUUUUUAUUAUUAUUAUUUUUUUUCCUUCUCCUUCCCCUCAUAGAGGUUGUUUCUUGGGUUUGAAGUCUGAACCCAUGACGUAAAGGUCAACAGGAAUGGUUGAGCACUCAACCACCGGAAUGAACCAAUUUUCCUUAUUUCCUUAAAAGUUAUACUAGGUUGUUGAGGCAAUUUGUUGAUUUAUAUCCAGCAAAUUGUUAGUAACUUUAAUUUUAUUUUCAAACCUUUUCUUCCCAAAAAAAUUCAGGAAUUCAAAA